UGUAUAUAUGUUUGUGUAUAUAUGUUUGUGUAUAUAUGUUUGUAUGUAUAAUACCUAUUGUAGGUAAAUCCAACCUAACCUAGGUAAUUAUAAGAAAGAAUAAACUAAAUAUGGGUAUAGUUAUAGGUAAGUUUGGAAGACGUUGUAUAACGAUUAGAUACGUUGGUGCAUAAUGCAUUAGUAUAUGUCGGGGCUUUGCCGGUGGUUUGCCUGUGGUUUGCCUACAGCUUCUUAAAUGCACAAUCUAAAUACCUACCUAGGAAGGGUAUAAGAGGGUAGGUACGAUACAGUAGCGGCAAGCGGUAUCAAAGCCAUCAAUAACCGUUCUCUAUUUUAUGUACUGUGAUAAGUAGGCAGGUAGGUACCUUCUACUUCUAGUACAGCCCAAUUAUUUUAGCUCUUAGCUCCAACCUUCUCAUUAUGCUGAUCUGAGAACCCCAGCAUCGUCUUCGUAUACAAGACAUAUAAGACGUAUAAGACCAGCUGUUCCCUCCUCACUUACUUUUAAAUCCCCCGUAAGAAGAACAUACCUGACCCCCGCCCUUCGAGCUCACCAAUCCCGCAAGAUGGCGCCUCAAAUCGACGGCUUCUUUUCCCAGGUCGACUCCCUGUCGUCCCACUUCAUCGAGCGUCUCAGCAAAGCCGUUGCUAUCCCUUCCGUCUCCUCGGAGGCUGCCCGCCGACCUGAUGUCGUCCGCAUGGCCCACUUCCUGGCCGACGAGCUCAAGACCCUAGGUGCUAGUGUCGAGCUCCGGCCCCUCGGCAAGCAGCCUGACAACCCAGCGCUCGACCUCCCCCCCGCAAUUCUCGCCCGUUACGGGAGCGAUAAGAGCAAGCGCACUAUCCUCGUCUACGGACACUACGAUGUACAGCCCGCUGAUAAGAGCGAUGGUUGGGCCACUGAGCCCUUCACUCUAAGCGUCGGCGAGGACGGCCGCAUGUUUGGACGUGGUAGCACGGAUGACAAGGGCCCGGUUCUAGGUUGGCUGAAUGCUAUCGAAGCACACCAGAAGGCCGGCGUCGACUUCCCCGUCAACCUGCUUAUGUGUUUCGAGGGUAUGGAGGAGUACGGAUCUGAGGGCCUGGAGGAACUUAUCCAAAAGGAAGGCAAAGGCUACUUCGCCGAUGCCGACGCUGUUUGCAUCAGCGACAACUACUGGCUAGGUACCGAGAAGCCGUGCCUAACGUACGGUCUGCGGGGUUGCAACUACUACGGCAUAGAGAUCUCGGGUCCCGGUGCGGACCUACACAGCGGAGUGUUCGGCGGCACGGCACAGGAGCCCAUGACAGACCUGGUGCGCGUGCUCGCCAGCCUGGUCGAUACGCACGGUAAGAUCUUAAUCCCGGGCAUUAUGGACCAGGUAGCCCCUGUCACGAAGGAAGAGGAAACGCUGUACGAUGGUAUCUCGUUCACGAUGGAAACGCUACAAGAGUCUCUAGGGUCCAAGACGACUAUCUUUGAGGACACCAAAUCGACCCUGAUGGCGCGGUGGCGAUACCCAUCGCUGUCGAUCCACGGCGUUGAAGGCGCAUUCUCGGCUCCGGGAGCUAAGACGGUGAUCCCCGCUAAGGUUAUCGGCAAGUUCUCCAUCCGUAUCGUGCCCAACAUGGAGAUCGAGAAGGUGAACGAGUUGGUAGCCAAGCACGUCAAGAACACGUUCGCAACGCUCGGCAGCAAGAACACCCUCAGGGUGUACCCCAUCCACACGGGUAACUGGUGGGCGGCUAGCCCUAACCACUGGAACUUCCGUGCCGCUAGCAAGGCCGUCGAGAGGGUGUGGGGUGUGGAGCCGGAUUUCACGCGCGAGGGUGGAAGUAUCCCCAUUACCCUAACAUUCGAGCAAUGCACGGGCAAGAACGUGUUACUAUUACCUAUGGGCAGCUCUACGGAUGGCGCACACUCGAUCAACGAGAAGCUGGACAAGAAGAAUUACAUCGAGGGCAUCAAACUGCUGGGCGCGUACCUGCACUACGUUGCGGAGGAGCCGCAGCAGUAAGUAUUGAGUUGUGGAGCAGGUAAGGUGUCUAAGUGUAGAGUAGUAGUUACGGCAUGACGCGGUAAUGAGACGUGACGAAUUAUAGAUGAUACCAUGAUGAAAAA